AUGACAUCAAAGCCAUCCGCCAGUGUCCAUGCGCCCAUAUUGGUGCGUGUGACGCACUGCAGCCCCCAGCACGCCGACAUCCUGCACGCGCAGGGCACCCACCAGAACAACAACGAAAAGCGCGGCUGGUGCCAUCCGCCUUUUACUCUGGGGUACGACUUCGCCGGCAUCGUUGCGGACGUGUGUCCGGGGGCCGUCGAAGGUGAUGAUCACGGCCUAAAGAAGGGUGAUCGCGUGUUUGGCGCGAGUAUCGGCGCGUUUGCGGAGUUUACUAGUGUAAAGGCUGCGACGGUGCGGAAGGUGCCGAGGGGCGUGAGCAGUGAGGCUGCGUGCGCAAUGGCGGGGCAGGCAGUGAGUUAUGCGGCGGUUGUGCACGUGGCGAGGGUGAGGAAGGGGGAGACGGCGCUGAUUAGUGGGGCGAGUGGGGGGUUGGGGAGUGCGUGUUGUGCGGUUGCGAAGGCGGUUGGGGCGAGGGUUGUGGCGCUCGCGGGGGAUGAAAGGAAGGCGGAGGCAAUGAGGAGGGAUAUGGGGGUUGAUGUUGUUGUGAUGGACGAGGAGAGGCACUGGAUUGAUGAGGUUAAAAGGCUUACGGACGGGAAGGGCGUGGAUGUUGUGCUCGACAAUACGGGGAUGGUGAAUCCCGCAAUUCAAAGUCUGGCGUACGGGGGUAGGAUUAUAGUGCUGGGGUUCGCCGCGAGGAAGGGUAAGAUGGAGGCCGUGAAAAUGAACAGGCUGCUGCUCAAGUCUGCGACGGUGACUGGGUAUAGAUUUGGUGAGAGUGGAAGGCAGUCGCCGGAGAAGUUGGAAGAGAUUUGGAAAGGGUAUCUGGGGAUGAUGGAGAGUGGGGAGUUGAAGCCCAUAUUGUACGGAAGUUACAAGGGCCUGGAGGACAUCGGUAGAGCAUUGGGAGAUCUGGAAGCAAGGAAAGUUUAUGGGAAGAUCGUUGUCAAGAUCUCAGACGAUGAGGAGAAGCCCAAACUAUGA